GUUCAGAUGGAGUCAGACAGCGCACAGGGACAGUAACAGAGCAGCAGACUGCUUAAGGAAAAGGAUAAGCAGCGACAACAGGAGGGGGCGGACAUAUUUAUUUGCACACGGACAGUUUUUUUACGCGUUGGAUGGAUUCCGGUUGUUUUUCCGCGGCGCAGCGUCUUUCGUGCCACAACAACAUGGUGAGCGUGGAUUUAUUCAAGCCUGUUCCGGAGCGUGGACUCCAGCAGCUGCAGUCCUCAGCUGCUCCGGCCAAAACCAGCAGGAAUAAAGGCGAACAAGCCAAACCAGAGCUGGCUCAGGUGGUGACGGACCCCAAAACUGGAAGAUCCUACAGCAAAGGGAAGCUUCUGGGAAAGGGUGGCUUUGCUAGAUGCUAUGAGAUGACAGACCUUUCCAACAACAAAAUGUUUGCUGUGAAGGUGAUUCCACAGAGCAGGGUCUCCAAACCACACCAGAGGGAAAAGAUUACAAAUGAGAUCGAGCUGCACAGAACGCUGUCGCACAAGCACGUGGUGAAAUUCUCCCAUUAUUUCGAAGACCAGGAAAACGUCUACAUAUUCCUGGAGCUCUGCAGUCGAAAGUCCCUGGCACACAUCUGGAAGGCGAGACACACGCUGACAGAGCCCGAAGUGCGAUAUUAUCUUAAACAGAUCAUUUCCGGUCUCAAGUACCUCCACAGCAAGGGGAUCCUGCAUCGAGAUCUCAAACUGGGGAACUUCUUUGUCAAUGAGAACAUGGAGCUGCGUCUGGGAGACUUCGGCCUCGCUGCCAAGUUGGAGACCGUCGAACAGAGAAAAAAAACAAUCUGUGGAACUCCAAACUACCUGGCCCCGGAGGUGCUGAACCGGCAGGGCCACGGCACAGAGUCUGACGUCUGGUCCCUCGGAUGUGUCAUGUACACGCUGAUGUGUGGCAACCCUCCAUUUGAGACUCUCGACUUGAAAGAGACGUACAAAUGCAUAAAGGAAGUUCGGUACAACCUGCCCUCCACAAUCUCCCCUUCUGCACAGAGACUCAUCUCAGGCAUCUUACAAAAGAAUCCCAGCGACAGACUCACUCUGGAUCAAAUUCUCAACCACGAGUUCAUCAAAGGUUUCACUCCUGACAAACUUCCUCCCAGCAGCUGUGUGACGGUGCCAGAGCUCCAUCCUCCAAGCCCUGCCAAGAAAUUCUUCACUAAAGUCGCCAAGAGCCUCCUUGGCAAGAAGAAGGCUAAAGCGGAAAAAAUACCAAAUGAAGAAAAAGAAGACAAAGAUAUUUCCAAGCUGGUUUCGGGCAUUGUCAAGUGUUCCAUCAACCGGCAGAUAAGCUACAAAACUGUGGGAGCCAAUGAGGCGCCCUCUCCCUCUGGUCAGCUGGUCAGCACUGUGCCUCUGGAGCAAACCCCAGCUGAGGAGGAAUCCAGAAAGUCCAUCUCCCGCUCCUUCAAGGGCACCAUGGCAAGCAGCAGUGAACCAUGUGAAGAUGCCCUGACUCCCGCAGCUGUUGCAGAAGCUGCCAUGAAAGUUCUCAAAAAUUGCCUGGCCACCAUGCCUACAGCCAAUAGAAACCCCCCCAGCUUGUCCAGGCCUCAGUCUUUUCUGUGGGUCACCAAAUGGGUCGACUACUCCAACAAAUACGGUUUUGGCUACCAGCUGUCGAACAGGAGCAUCGGCGUGCUCUUCAACGAGGGAACGCAUCUCAGUCUUUGUGAUCAACGCAAGACAGUUCACUACUGCUUGACGAACAACAAACACUUUACUUUCCCAACUCACUCGCUCCCUGAGCAGCUUCGAAGCCAGAAACAAAUAGUGGAACUCAUGGCCAACUACAUGGAGCAGAACCUGAUGGAGGGUGCAGAUCUGCACUGUGAGGAGCAGUUCUCCGGCUCUCCUCCUCUGCUCCUUCAGUGGGUGAAGACUGACCAUGCUCUUGUCAUGCUCUUUAACACCGGAACUCUACAGGUGAACUUCUACACGGACCACACAAAGAUCAUCCUGUGCAAGUCGUCGGACGAUUCCUACCUGCUCACGUACAUAACUCGUGAACGCAUCUCCUACACGUACCUCCUCAGCAUGCUGACUGAGACGGGCUGCACCUCGGAGCUACGUCAUCGACUCAAAUAUGCGGUCCAACUGCUCCAACACCACACUGAUGCCUGAAAGGACUGUUUGGCACCACCUCCUCGGGCUGAGUGGCUUCAGAAGCAGGACGGACAAGUUAAACUUUUUUUUUUUUUUUUCCUUACCCAGCCUGGUCGGUUGAACUGUCAAGGCGGUGCAGAGGGCAAGUGAAGCCUGUUGACUGAUGAAUAGCUGCUCAACUCGACUGAGUGAAAAACAAUCUUUUCUGGACGAUGAGUUUGAAUGAUCUUGAUGAACGUUGAGCGGUUCUGAAGUUUCCCCAAAGAAGCAGCUGCCUCAUGGGUUUGUGCCUACCCAGAUUGCUCCUGCAAGGUGUUGCCUGAAAUAAUGGAUUCCAGGAGCUGACAUUUUCCUGUUUACUCACUUGAAACCACUGCUGUUUGGGUGGACCUUUGAAAGCCAAUGACCCUGCAGCUCGUCGGCCGGUAGCCGACGAUGCAGGCACGGCUUCUCGAAGGCGUCUUAAACACUAAAUCUGUUCAUACAAAGCUUGUAAACAGAACUGGGCUGACCUUGCGGUUGAAGUGCACUUGGGCUCAUUUUUCCCAAAAGCAUUUUAACAGCAAGUUCUUCCUGCUCUUAGACUGCAACUGUGAUCUUUCAGCUGAGUUGCUUUCGGUAAAGAGACCAGUUUGACGAGAACGAACCUCCAACCCUCAGUUGAUUGCUGGCUUCAAUGGUACACGCAUUCAUAUUGCAUUUUGUUCUUUGAAAACUGAGCCAGCUGGAUCACUAGGUCUUAACCUCACAUGCACAACAUAUUUCUGCCCUUUUUUUUUUUCUUUUUUUUUUUAUUAGUCCUUGCUUUUUCAGCUCCAUGGUCACUUUUUUUUGUUUUUUAUUUCACUGACGCGGUACACGACAUGGACUGAGAGCGACACAGUUUUUGCACUUUUUAUUUUGAUAACUUUUUUUUGUUGUAAUUGUUGUUAGGAAGAGCAUUUUUAUACAAUCACAUUUUUUUUUUUUUACAAGUUUUUAAUGACAUACCAAGUGAUUUGGUUUUAAAAUAAAGUAUUUCAGUUUUAAAUUCACUUGAAAGUGUGUGUGUGUGUAUUACACACAUGCCAGUAAACGGGACAAACUGAGGGUUUGGAGGUGGAUUUAAAAGUGCCUUUUUA